AUGGCGAGUGCAUAUCGCCAUCUCGACCUGGCCAAGGCCAGCGUCUCAUACCUACCCGGUUACAUCGUGCUCUCCUACGUGGUGAGCUUGAUGGGCUGUGCCACCACGCUGGAGCUGCUCCAUCGCCGCACCUCGCGCGCGGGUCUAUACAACUGGUACCUCUUACUCACCUCCUCCAUCACCAUGGGCGGCAUCGGUAUCUGGUGCAUGCAUUUCAUCGGCAACCGCGCCAUCGUCCUUGCCGACGGCGACUCGCACAUCCAGAUCUCCUACAACGUCACUUUCACCGCCGUCUCCUUUGUUCUCCCCGUCUGUGUCGUCUUCGUCGCCUUCUACACCAUCGGCGCCGCCGAGAAGGCCGGUUAUGUACGCAUCCUACUCGGCGGUGUGCUCACCGGCAGCGCCGUCUGCGGCAUGCACUACAUCGGUCAGCUGGGUAUUGCUAACUACAGCUGCGUCUACGUUCCCGGGACUGUCGUCGGUGCCGCCAUCAUCGCCCUCGUCUCCGCAACCACCGCUCUGGGCGUCUUCUUCCGCUGGGAAGCCUCCUGGACCGAUAGCUGGUGGCGUCGCGGUCUCUGUGCCGCCCUGCUCGCCGUCGCUGUAUCCGGUAUGCAUUGGACCGCUACCGUCGGCACCUCCUACCGCAAUCAUGACAAGACGCAUCAGUCUUCCAGCCAAUUGUCAAGAAGUCAGACCGUUAUCAUCUGCGCUGUUCUGUCGUGUGCCUCUUGUCUGUUGCUAUCUGCAUGUGCCAUUAUUGCCGGUGAGAACCGUCGGCGGUCGACAACCCGCGCCCAUCAACUGGUGCUAUCCUGUGUCUUCUUUGAUCCUGCAGGUCGGGUCAUGGUCACCCCGCAGGCGUUGCUACCUAGUCGGAAGAUCGUGGAGCAUUACGUUGGACGGACUUUCAAAGACGACGAUCUGACUCGCACCCAUCCGGCGUUCCUGUGGGCGUUUCGGGCAAGCCGCAAUUGGAAAUUGAUCAAAGAUCUGGUGCCAUUCAUGAAGGGCCGUCUGGAAUCCGAGCAUGCUGUCAUCCAGCGACAUGUUCGGUCUAGAGGCGGCGUAACGGACAAGGAGACGGAGCUGCAGGUCGACUUCGACACCCUCUUCAAACAGCUCUUCUGCGUCACGGCGCAGGAGCUUGCCGACGACCUGCGACAGCCGCUGCAGGACUUGGGGAUUCUGUACGACAACAUCAUGACCACCGUCAAUCCGAUCUCACGCCUCUCGCGGGCCAUGGGCUACACCUCUUCUAGCACGGGCAAAGGCCAACUGGUCUUCACGGUGCGCCAGCUGAACAAGCAGGAGGCUUCCCGGCUCGCAGCUUCGGGCUUCCGGUUCGCGACCAUCGAACAUGUUGCGCCGACGCUGGCGCGCCGACUCCACGUCGCCGCGACAGGAUUGGGCGGGAGUCUGCGCGACAUGCGCGACUACGCAACCUCGAGCCGCAACUUCCAGCAAGGGGUACAUCUGAUCUCGUUCGUAAUGCGGCCGACGGUGAACGAGCACUUCGAACUGUUGACGGCCAAGGGCGUAGGCAACCCCUUGCCGUCGGCCACACUGCCGACCAAGCGCCUGCAGAUGCGCCACAUGGAGCUCCUCUCGCACAUGGACGGCUGGGACAUGGCGAUGUGCAUCAAGUGGCUGCGGUCCGAGGCCGCGGCCAUGCAUUACCCGGACAUCACCGAUUUCCGCGACGAGCUAAUACACGCCGUAUCGGAGCUUUUCAUCUCGCUGCCCCCCCAUCUCAACGCCGCCGCACGCCUGACGGCCCGCCCUUUACUGGCCCCCUGCCGCGGCAGCCGACUGUCGGACGAACAACACUGCGUUCUGCUAGCCUUUUAUGCCGUCGCCCCUCUCGACACCCAGAUCUCCAACCCAGACUACAGCUUCACCCCGUUCCGCCUGUUUCGCCUACAGCAGCAGGUCAACGAUGGCGUCGCCGACCACGACGGCUUCUCCAAGGAACUCGGCCAGGAGCUCUUCUACUCUAACGUCCUCUCCAAUAUGGACCCCCAAGAUAACAAUAACAGCUCGACUCUCAAUCCCCUUGGUCCCGCCGGUCGCCAGCGCUCCUCCGCCUCCUCCCGUCGUUUCCUUCCCUGGCCCGGCCGGAAACGCGGCCUGUCCGCCGUCUCGCAGGAGUCACUGGUCCAGAGCAACAGCAACCCGUUCGGCGACAUCAUGGUCCGCAAGGAAAUCCGCGUCGAUGUCGCCAAGUUCGAAGACUCCGCGGCUGCAGCUGCAGCCUACCCCCCCGUCAAUAAGAAACUUCCGCACGACUCGAAAAUCACCAUCGCCGGAGGAAGCGCCGCGAACAACAGCACUUUCGUCGACGAGUUGUACAAUCUGUGUUUUGCGCCCGGCAUGCGUCUUCGCCCCGACGUGACUUAUCAGAACCAGUUGGACAAUGUAUGA